CCCCCCCCCACCACCACCCUCACUGUUCAAACAGGAAAGGCGGACAUGUUGGUGCCGUUCGCAGCUCCCCUCGCAGGCGGACCUCGCGCUCUGUCCUCCCCUUGAGCCACCUCCUUCCUUACUGCCUCUCACACCGCUCGGUCCCGGGGUGGCCUGGGCUGCGGCAGGCUGACGAGCGGCGGUGGGCAGCGAAGAAGAGGAAGGAAGAUGCCGUUAUCGCCUCUCCGCCGCUGAAGCGCUCCCGCGGGGCGCUGCUGGCACGGCCCAGGAGAGGGGCAGCGUGCCCCGCGCCGCCUGCGCCCAUGGACGGAGCGAGCCCGAGGCACUGAGGCGCGGCGCCGGGAGGGCUGUCCUGCGUUGUGGGUUGUUUUCCUUCGCGCCGUGCCUCUUCGAUCCCCCUCCUCGUCUCGUCGCUGCUUCUUCGGGCUUCCCGGACCCGGCCGGUGCUGCAGGGCGAGAAAGACGAACCGCUACGCUGCUGCCAGCGCUGCUGCCCGGCCGCGGGAAUGAGGCCGCUGCGGCGCGGGGGCCCGCGCGGAGGCGGGAGGGCGCGGAGAGCCACGGCGGGGCUGUGAGCGGCGGGAGCGCCCGCGGCCCUCUGUCUCUCGGCGCGGGGACUCGCCCGGAGACCGCUGUGAUUGAAGGGACUGCGCAGGAAGCGCUCCGCAGCGUAGGCUCUGCGGUUUUUCUCUUUUUGUGCGUGCUGGUUCCUGUUUUUUUUGUUGGUUGUUUUUUUUUUUUUUUUAAAUUUUUAUGUGUUUUCCUUUUUCGUUAUUUUUAACGUUUGAUCUGGAAUAAGGGAAGCUUUGUAACCGUCGGAAACAUGUCGACGGGAGAAAGUUUUGAGUCUCGAUUUGAAAAAAUCGACGGGACUUUAAAGGAUCCCAAAUCCGAAGUGAACGUGGACUGUUUGCUGGAUGGAUUAGAUGCUUUGGUAUAUGACUUGGAUUUUCCUGCCUUACGAAAAAACAAAAACAUUGAUAACUUCUUAAACAGGUAUAAAGACACAGUAAAUAAAAUGAGAGAUCUGCGCAUGAAAGCUGAAGAUUAUGAAGUGGUGAAGGUGAUUGGCAGAGGGGCAUUUGGGGAGGUUCAGUUGGUAAGGCAUAAAUCGUCAAGAAGAGUGUAUGCUAUGAAACUUCUGAGCAAAUUUGAGAUGAUAAAAAGAUCAGAUUCUGCGUUCUUCUGGGAAGAAAGGGAUAUUAUGGCUUUUGCUAAUAGUCCCUGGGUUGUUCAGUUAUUUUACGCAUUCCAAGAUGAUCGUUACCUUUACAUGGUCAUGGAGUACAUGCCUGGUGGAGACCUUGUGAAUUUAAUGAGUAACUACGACGUUCCUGAGAAAUGGGCAAGAUUUUAUACUGCUGAAGUUGUUCUUGCAUUAGAUGCAAUUCACUCAAUGGGCUUUAUACACAGAGAUGUGAAGCCUGAUAAUAUGCUGCUAGAUAAAGCUGGUCAUUUAAAACUAGCAGAUUUUGGUACUUGUAUGAAGAUGAACAAGGAAGGUAUGGUACGAUGCGAUACAGCUGUAGGAACACCAGACUAUAUCUCCCCUGAAGUGUUGAAAUCCCAGGGUGGUGACGGUUACUAUGGACGAGAAUGUGACUGGUGGUCAGUUGGAGUCUUUUUGUAUGAGAUGCUUGUAGGUGACACACCUUUUUAUGCAGAUUCUUUGGUUGGAACAUACAGUAAGAUUAUGAACCACAAGAACUCCCUUACCUUCCCUGAUGACAACGAGAUCUCUAAAGAGGCAAAAAACCUUAUUUGUGCCUUUUUAACUGAUAGGGAAGUGAGACUAGGACGAAAUGGUGUAGAAGAAAUUAAACGCCAUCUUUUCUUCAAAGAUGAUCAGUGGGCUUGGGAGACUCUCAGAGACACUGUAGCACCAGUUGUGCCUGACUUAAGUAGUGACAUAGACACUAGUAAUUUUGAUGAUCUGGAUGAAGACAAAGGAGAGGAGGAAACAUUUCCCAUUCCAAAAGCAUUUGUGGGCAACCAGCUUCCUUUUGUUGGAUUUACGUAUUACAGCAACCGUCGGUAUUUAUCUGUCUCUGCAGAAAAUUCCAAUGAUAACAGAACAGGCUCCAGUAUGGAUAAAAGUGUGAUGGAAAAUAUGCAGAAGAUGAUCUAUGAUUUGGAAGAGCAGCUACAUAAUGAAAUGCAGUUGAAAGAUGAAAUGGAGCAGAAGUGCAGAUCUUCAAACAUAACGCUAGACAAGAUAAUGAAAGAACUGGAUGAGGAGGGAAAUCAAAGAAAGAACCUAGAAUUAACAGUGUCCCAGAUUGAGAAGGAAAAGAUGGCACUGCAGCAUAAGAUAAAUGACUACCAAAGAAAAAUUGAACAAGAGAGUGAAAAGAGACGGAACGUGGAAAACGAAGUGUCUACGCUAAAAGAUCAAAUGGAAGACUUGAAAAAAAUCAGCCAGCAUUCACAAAUUACAAAUGAGAAGAUAACACAGUUACAAAAACAACUAGAAGAAGCCAAUGAUUUGCUACGGACAGAAUCGGAAACAGCAGUAAGACUGAGAAAGGGUAACACGGAAAUGAGCAAGUCAUUAAGUCAAGUAGAAUCACUGAAUAGAGAACUGCAGGAAAGGUGCAGAGUUCUAGAAAGCGCAAAACUGCAGGUGGAGAAAGAUUAUUAUCAACUGCAAGCAGCUUUGGAAUCAGAACGAAGGGACAGAAGUCAUGGAUCUGAAAUGAUUGGAGAACUACAGGUUCGGAUUACGACUUUACAAGAAGAAUUAAAAAACCUUAAAAAUAAUCUUGAAAGAGUGGAAGCAGAAAGAAAACAAGCACAGGAUAGGCUUAAUCAUUCAGAAAAGGAAAAGAAUAACUUGGAGAUAGAUUUGAACUACAAACUCAAGUCUUUGCAAGACCGCUUAGAACAGGAAGUAAAUGAACACAAAGUGACCAAAGCUCGAUUAACUGACAAACAUCAGUCAAUAGAGGAGGCAAAAUCAGUUGCAAUGUGUGAAAUGGAAAAAAAAGUGAAGGAAGAAAGGGCAGCAAGAGAAAAGGCAGAGAAUCGAAUAGUGCAGGCUGAAAAACAGUGUUCCAUGCUAGACUUCGACCUGAAGCAAUCUCAGCAGAAACUGGAACACCUUCUUCAGCAAAAGGAAAGACUGGAAGAUGAAGUAAAGAAUCUGUCACAUCAGCUAGAGCAAGAGACAAAUAAGCGAAUAAUGGCGCAGAAUGAAUUAAAGGCGCAAGCUUUUGAAGCAGAUAACUUGAAGGGUUCUGAGAAGCAACUGAAACAAGAAAUCAACACGUUAUUGGAAGCAAAGAGAUUACUGGAAGUUGAGUUGGCUCAACUUGCUAAACAGUACAGAGGAAAUGAAGGUCAAAUGCGUGAGCUUCAGGAUCAGCUUGAAGCGGAGCAGUAUUUUUCGACACUUUACAAAACUCAGGUUAAGGAACUGAAGGAAGAAAUUGAUGAAAAGAAUAAAGAAACUCAAAGAAAAAUGCAGGACUUGCAAAAUGAGAAAGAAACACUCACUACGCAGCUGGAUUUAGCUGAAACCAAAGCUGAGUCGGAACAGUUGGCACGAGCACUUCUUGAAGAGCAGUAUUUUGAAUUGAGUCAGGAGAGCAAAAAGGCAGCAUCAAGACAUAGGCAAGAAAUGACUGAUAAGGACAGCAUCAUAAGAAGGCUGGAGGAAACUAACAACACCUUAACCAAAGAUGUCGAUUUAAUAACAAAAGAAAAUUCAGAAAUCAGUGAAAAAAUUAAGAAACAGGAGGAAGAAUAUAAACUGAAAAAAGAGGAAGAAAUCAACAAUAUUAGAAUGCAGUAUGAGAAGAGUAUCAGCACUGAGAGAACUCUGAAGACACAGGCUGUCAACAAACUGGCUGAGAUAAUGAAUAGAAAAGAUUUUAAAAUAGAUAGAAAGAAAGCAAGUACGCAAGAUUUGAGGAAGAAAGAGAAGGAAAACCGAAAGCUACAAUUAGAGCUUAAUCAAGAAAAAGAGAAAUUCAAUCAGAUGGUAGUGAAAUACCAAAAGGAGCUUAAUGAAAUGCAAGCGCAACUAGCAGAAGAAUCAACAUACAGGAAUGAGCUACAGAUGCAGCUGGAUAGUAAAGAGAGUGACAUAGAACAACUACGAAGGAAAAUUCUGGAUCUCCAGCAAGGAAUGGAUUCCACCAGUGUUUCUAGUCUACAGCCAGACGAAAUUGAUGGAAAUCUUUCAGAAUCAAGGCUUGAAGGUUGGCUUUCAAUACCAAACAAGGGAAACAUAAAGCGGCAUGGCUGGAAGAAACAGUACGUUGUGGUGAGCAGUAAAAAGAUACUGUUCUAUAAUGAUGAAAAGGACAAGGACCAGUCUAAUCCAUCCAUGGUACUAGACAUAGAUAAGCUGUUCCAUGUCCGACCCGUAACUCAAGGAGAUGUAUAUAGAGCAGAAACUGAAGAAAUUCCUAAAAUAUUCCAGAUUCUGUAUGCUAAUGAGGGGGAAUGCAGGAAGGAUGUGGAGGUAGAACCAGUACAGCCUACAGAGAAGACAAACUUUCUAAGUCAUAAAGGCCAUGAAUUUAUUCCAACAAUAUACCACUUUCCAGCCAACUGUGAGGCCUGUGCCAAACCUCUUUGGCACGUCUUUAAACCCCCUGCUGCCCUGGAAUGUCGAAGAUGCCACGUGAAGUGCCAUAGGGACCACUUGGACAAAAAGGAGGAGUUAAUUGCACCGUGCAAAGUGAGUUACGAUGUAACUUCAGCAAGAGAUAUGUUGUUACUGGCAUCCUGUCAAGAUGAACAGAAGAAGUGGGUGAAUCAUUUAGUAAAGAAGAUCCCUAAGAACCCACCAGCUGCUUUUGUUCGUGCUUCUCCUAGAACUGUGUCUACAAGAUCCUCAGCGAACCAGUCAUUCCGAAAAGUUGUUAAAAAUACUUCUGGAAAAACGAGGCACCAAGUAUGGAGAAAGAAGAAUAUUGAGCGUAAGCAAUUUAGAGAGGCACAACUGUUGGCCAGCAAGAGUGCUAGGUAGGUGCGUGCUGCCAGCCUGCUGUGCUGCAUGUGAGAUGUGUGCAGGAGGCAGGCGGGGAGCCCGCCCAACUCACUAGUGCUUGAGGAGCUGCUCGGGCGGCUUUGCAGCACGGCACGCUCCAUCCCCAGCACAGAGGGGAGACAGCUGACACUGGGUUAACUGCAACAAAUUGGGGCUUGCGUGGCACUUGCAGACAACAUGAGCAGAUGGUGAAGAGAUACCUAGUACAUAAGUAUUAGGAAAAGAUGAGGUAGGAGCUUGUUUUGAGCUAUUCUGGUGUGGAUGGUUCUCUAACCCUCAAACGAAUUUGGUGCUAGUGCUGACUGUGAACUUGUUAAUGACUGCUGUGAUGUGUUGUGCCCAGAUAGCACUACGCAUUAUAUUCUGUAUGUUUAGGAAGAGAGAAUUCCCUGCUUGAGUAAAGUCUGCUUCUAGUGUACCAGAUGUUGACAUAAUUAAAUAAACAUAUAGAAGGCCUUACGUACUGAGCACUUAACCUGGAGAUCAGGCAGUAGCUGAGCUAAUCCAGCAGCCUGUUUCUGCUGUAAGAGGAGGAUUUUCCUUUUUCAGUCUUCCUUCCCUGUUCUUCUCUCAUUGCUUCUGGGUCGGUGCUUGAAAUGAUCCUUUUUGGUCCCCUUUAGAAAGAUACACAGUUCAGUGUCCUGACUGUCAAAAAAACCAUAGACAGUUCUUUGAGCUGGUGAGUGGAAUCAGCCCCCUGGGAAGUGCAGUGACUGCCAAAGCUGAGGAAGAGUGGGUAGGAGGGUCGGGUGCUCCUCUAGAGUCAGGAAGAUGAAAGCGGAAGAACCCUUUUCCUUUCAGGUAGCAGUGAGUUAGAUCAGCUUCCCUGAAAUCAAGAUGCUGCACCCUGCAGUUCUUACCCCGAUCUCUUUACUUAGGGAAUAAGAGGAAGAGACAGGGGAAGCAGUGAUGAUUUCUGUGGGAUACAUGUGCAUCUUAGCUUGUACUAAAUAUGUGGAAAUCAUUGUCUUGGCAGACAGUAUAGCACAGCCUGGUCUCGUCGAUGGAUACAGACUUUAGUACAUCCUUUAAAACAGCUCAGUAUAUUUCAUUCAGGUCUGAUCUGGCUUUCCUUGUGGUUAUAUCCAGUGAUAUUGUGGAGAGUUGUCCAGACCCUUUAAAAGGAACUUCAAAUAUAAGUUAAUUUUUAGUCUUAUUCUUUAUUUUAAUAACUUAAUCACUAAGAAAUGUGGAUUAUAACUCCACGAUGAACUUGCCAGCAGUUGCAGUACUGUUCUAGAUCUGAAACUACGCUUCCUAGUUUAUAGCACGCUAAUCUAUACACAUUUUGCCAGCACAGUUGAGGAGUUUUAUUUUCAUGUACUUGGACUUGGGCACCCGACCAAGUUAAUGCAUGUAUCAAAUGGAACUCCUGUGCAUCAGAUGAGCUUUGGCAACUGCAUGUGCGUGCUCUUAGCCCUCCAGAAGCCUUUGCUAGUCCUGUAAGUGGAAGAAGGUCACCUUAUAUUUGCCACGAAUAUACUCACGCUUGUCCGCUCCUAAUCGUUUCCUGGUAAAGCUGCAGUAAUGUUAUCAUCUGCCUGAUUUCUGUGGUCAUCUCAUGUUGUCAGAGAUGAACAGUUUGGAAGAUUGCGUAGGUAUGUUCUUAGCGUCGCCCAUGUCAACUGUAAAAAAUGAACAAGUGUUCUUCACUGCAGUUCUGAACAAACACGCAGAAAUGUUACCAAGCAAAUUGUUCAAUGUUUGUUAUUAAUUGCCUGUCCUUUUUCU